AUGCAUGAAAGUCAAAACAAGAACACAUUUGUCCAAUGGGAAUCGUAUUGUUCAGUAACUGAGCUCAAAUCAGCAGGAAUUCAUUUCAAACCAAGCCAAACUGGAAAUUUUACUGAUGUAGAAUUCAAAUCUCACCUUAUUUAUGGCCCUUAUCAUCAUGGAAAUCCUGAGCUCGAAUCAUUGGAGAAACUCAAAAUCAUAUAUGCUCAGCAAUUUGUUCGUGCCUGUAGUGAUCACAUAUCGGUCAAACAGCUAUAUGAACAGGUGGCGAAGGUAGCAGACAGUGUUCGUGAAUGCUACAAAGAAGGCUUCAUCGGAAUGAUGCUUCUUGAUGGUUGCUUCGUCAUUCAGUUCAUAUGCAUCUUAACAAAUACAGAAAGUAAUAGUUCUGAUAAUACAGAAACAGAACCAAAAGAAGGUGAUUUGAUAUUGGAGACAUAG